AUGGAUCGUAAAGAAUAUCACAAGCCAUCUAAGCAAAUGCCUCGGCAUGAUAAACAAGAAAUUCACGUUUCUGCACCAGGUGCUGGUCCGUGGGCGGUUGGUAGUACCCAAGCCUGUAGUUGGUGGUCUAACAAUAUUAAAUCUGAUGCCAAGGUUGUCGUUGAGAUUAAAUCAACUUCCUCCGACAAAGCGGAAUGUGGAACUGGCACUUUAAUGUUCAAAAUCGGUAGCGAUUGGGACACCAGUGAAUCUUAUUACGCUUACGUCUAUCUCAAGGAAGACGAAACAUGCCAUGGUAAAGGUGGAGAGUUUAAACUUAUAGGUUCAUACGGAUACGGAUACGGAGAAAAGAAGGAUGAUUAUAAAUCAGAUGAUUACUCGAAGAAAACUUACUAA